AUGGACUCCAUGAAUACAUGGAAUGGAAUUGAUGAUGGGGAGGGAGUACAUGGGGGGGGGGGGGGGGGGGGGGGUGGGGGGGGUAGCUCCGGGGGGGGCGGAUGUUGGCGGGGGGGGGGGGGGAGGGGAGGGGGGGGGUGGGGGGGGGGGGGGUGGGGAGGGGGGGGGGGGGGGGGGGGGGGGGGGCGGGGGGGGGGAGGGCAGGGGGGGGAGCAGAUGGGGAGGGGGGCGGAGGGGGUAGGGGUGAGCGGGGGGGAGGGGGGGGGGGGGGGGGGGCUGUUGCGGGAGGGGGGGGGUGGUGGGGGGGGGGGGGGGCGGCGGGUGGGGGGGGGGGGGGGGGGGGGGGGGGGGAGAAAAGCGAGUUAUAGAAAAGCCUGA